AUGGCCGAGAGGAAGCAAUCCGGGAAGGCGGCAGAGGACGAAGAAGUCCCUGCCUUUUUUAAAAACCUGGGCUCAGGCAGCCCUAAGCCCCGGCAGAAAUUCUGUGGCAUGUUCUGCCCGGUGGAAGGGUCCUCCGAGAACAAGACCAUCGAUUUCGACUCGUUGUCCGUGGGCCGGGGCUCGGGGCAGGUGGUGGCUCAGCAGCGGGACGUCGCCCACUUGGGCCCGGACCCGCAGCCGCCGUACUCCCGGCAGGGCCGGCGCGCCGGCGGGGAGCCAUCUGUUGAAUCGAGCCGGAAGGUGGAGAUCCGGCGGGCCUCGGGCAAGGAAGCCCUGCAGAACAUCUACGACCAGAGUGAUCGUCUUCUGAUCAAAGGAGGUAAAAUUGUUAAUGAUGACCAGUCGUUCUAUGCAGACAUAUACAUGGAAGAUGGGUUGAUCAAGCAAAUAGGGGAAAACCUGAUUGUGCCAGGAGGGGUGAAGACCAUCGAAGCCCAUUCUAGGAUGGUGAUCCCCGGAGGGAUUGAUGUCCAUACCCGCUUCCAGAUGCCUGACCAAGGAAUGACCUCUGCUGAUGACUUCUUUCAAGGCACCAAGGCUGCCCUGGCUGGGGGAACCACCAUGAUCAUUGACCAUGUCGUGCCCGAGCCCGGGACAAGCCUGCUGGCAGCCUUCGACCAGUGGAGGGAGUGGGCUGACAGCAAGUCCUGCUGUGACUACUCUCUGCACGUGGACAUCACGGAGUGGCAUAAGGGCAUCCAGGAGGAGAUAGAGGCCCUGGUGAAGGACCACGGGGUCAAUUCCUUCCUGGUGUACAUGGCUUUCAAAGAUCGCUUCCAGCUAACUGAUUCCCAGAUCUAUGAAGUAUUGAGCGUGAUCCGGGAUAUCGGUGCAAUUGCCCAAGUCCACGCAGAAAACGGCGACAUCAUUGCAGAGGAGCAGCAGAGGAUCCUGGAUCUGGGCAUCACGGGCCCCGAGGGACACGUGCUGAGCCGGCCUGAGGAGGUCGAGGCCGAAGCCGUGAAUCGCUCGAUUACCAUCGCCAACCAGACCAACUGCCCUCUGUACGUCACCAAGGUGAUGAGCAAGAGCGCGGCCGAAGUCAUCGCCCAGGCCCGGAAAAAGGGAACCGUGGUGUAUGGUGAGCCCAUCACCGCCAGCUUGGGGACUGAUGGCUCCCACUACUGGAGCAAGAACUGGGCCAAGGCCGCCGCUUUUGUCACCUCCCCACCCCUGAGCCCUGACCCGACCACUCCGGACUUCCUGAACUCCUUGCUGUCCUGCGGAGAUCUUCAGGUCACUGGCAGUGCCCACUGCACAUUCAACACUGCCCAGAAGGCUGUGGGAAAGGACAACUUCACCCUGAUCCCCGAAGGCACCAAUGGCACCGAGGAGCGGAUGUCCGUCAUCUGGGAUAAGGCUGUGGUCACGGGGAAGAUGGAUGAGAACCAGUUUGUGGCCGUGACCAGCACCAAUGCAGCCAAAGUCUUCAACCUGUACCCCCGGAAAGGCCGCAUUGCUGUGGGAUCCGAUGCUGACCUGGUCAUCUGGGACCCCGACAGCGUUAAAACCAUCUCUGCCAAGACCCACAACAGUUCUCUUGAGUACAACAUCUUUGAAGGCAUGGAGUGCCGUGGCUCUCCACUGGUGGUCAUCAGCCAGGGGAAGAUCGUCCUGGAGGAUGGCACCCUUCAUGUCACCGAAGGCUCUGGGCGCUACAUCCCCCGGAAGCCCUUCCCUGAUUUUGUUUACAAGCGUAUCAAGGCGAGGAGCAGACUGGCAGAACUGAGAGGGGUUCCCCGCGGCCUGUACGACGGACCCGUGUGCGAGGUGUCCGUGACGCCCAAGACAGUCACCCCAGCCUCCUCGGCCAAGACGUCUCCUGCCAAGCAGCAGGCCCCUCCUGUCCGGAACCUGCACCAGUCUGGAUUCAGCUUGUCUGGUGCUCAGAUUGACGACAACAUUCCCCGCCGCACCACCCAGCGCAUUGUGGCUCCCCCUGGUGGCCGUGCCAACAUCACCAGCCUGGGCUAG